UACAGUAUAUCCAUUCUCAGUGGUUGAGCUUUUCACACUAUCAAUUUCAAUGGCGCUUCAAUCCUGUCGUUUCCAUUUUGCCGCCAUCCGCUUUUCUCCGCCUAACGUUCCGCCAAACAAAUUAUACGCCACCCAAUCGCCACCUGCAGCAAGAAGAAGAGCUUUCUCACUCUUUACAAUUACCACGUUUUUGUCCUUCUCCAAUUCAAAUAUGGCUAGUUGGUCCAAACCCCAGAUUUCGGACUUCUUUGAGCUUCCAAACUCCGGCGGCGUCAAGGUCCUAGACCUCCGGAUGGGUGACGACGCCAGCGAAACUCCAUCCUCCGGCGAUACGGUCGUGAUUCAUUACUAUGGAAGACUGGCGGCGAAGCAGGGAUGGCGAUUCGAUUCCACUUACGAUCAUAAAGAUGAGAAUGGAGAUCCCCUUCCUUUUCAAUUUGUUCUUGCUUCUGGAAAGGUCAUAUCUGGUAUUGAAUCAGCUGUGAGAACAAUGAAAGUAGGUGGCAUUCGCCGCGUCGUUAUCCCUCCAUCACAAGGAUAUCAGAAUACAUCUCAAGAACCCAUCCCACCUAAUUUUUUCGAUAGACAGAGGUUAUUCACUACUAUAUUCAAUCCAACUCGUCUAGCCAAUGGUGAAGGCUUGACCUUGGGGACACUCAUAUUUGAUAUCGAGCUGGUCAGUGUGAGGCAUCAAUGAAUUCUUCUAUCCCCCAACCAUCCGCAUCUCCAUAGCAUACACAAGGAAUUCUGGAUGUGGUUUUGUCUACUUGGCGACUUUCUGACUUCACACUAUCAACAAGAGAUGCAAAAAUUGUGUAGUUUUUUUUUUGGCAAUGGAUUCUCAGACAGCUACUCUUGAUUAAACUUGUUUUUCAGGAGCAGUCUGCUACUGAUUUUCUGUGAUUUGAAUUGUCUGAUGCUACAAUACAUAAAAUGUACUCCUACUGGAUAUGGAAUCUACUGAAAUACAAAUCUAAGUUCAAAAAUCCA